AUGGCUCCUGGUAUUACGGACCUCCCACCCUCACCAUCGCCACCAGCCGUGAAGAGCACCGCCACGAAGACGGUUCCCCUUGCAUCUACGUCUUCGAACGGUCAUGCCGGCGGUGAGCCUGGUGCGGAGGAUACCCAUAAUCUUAAUCUUGAUAACCUUAAUAAUAAUAGCAAUAAUGGAGAGAGCACAGCAGCAACAACGACAACCUCCCAAGAAGACGAAACACCACCAUCAACAUUCAGAUAUACAACGACGAAGAACCUGCGCGAUGCGCAGAGGCGCGUGGAACAUGAUUUUCGAUCGGAUACGGUGACUGUUCCGACGGAGGAUAUGAUGCAGGCCAUCAUCGACGCAUCCUUCCAGGACGACCUCUACGACGAGUCCGGCGACGAAUGCGUCAACCGCCUCCAGGACCGCCUGGCCGAGAUGACGGGCAAGGAGGCCGCGCUGUGGGUGCUGUCGGGCACGAUGGGCAACCAGAUCUGCCUGCGCACGCACCUGGUGCAGCCGCCGCAUACGGUGCUGCUCGACUACCGCGCCCAUGUCCACUGCUGGGAGACGGGCGCGCUGCCCGUCAUGUCGCAGGCGUCGGUCACGCAGGUGCAUCCCAGCAACGGGGUGCAUUUGACGGUUGACGAUGUGAAGAGGCAUAUCAUUCCUGAGGGGAGCAUCUACUUCCCCCCUACCCGCGUCGUCUCGCUCGAAAACACCCUCAGCGGCACCAUCCUCCCGCUCAAAGACGCCCGCGAGAUCUCCGAUUUCGUGCGCAGCUUCCCCGUGCCCGAGGGCGAGCGGCCCAUCGCCAUGCAUCUGGACGGUGCGCGCCUCUUUGACGCCGUCGUCGCCGAGGGCGUCGAUCUGAAGGAGUACUGCGCCUGCUUCGACAGCAUCAGCAUCUGUCUGGCGAAAGGGCUGGGCGCGCCCAUGGGCAGCGUCAUCGUCGGCUCGAAGAAGUUUAUCCAGCGGGCCAAGUAUUUCCGGAAGAUGUUUGGUGGGGGGACGAGGCAGCCCGGAAUGAUGGCCGCCGCCGCCCUGGCCGCGCUCGAACACACCAUCCCUCGUCUCCCCCAAGUCCACGCCCUGACGCGGCAAACCGCAGCCUCCAUCCGCGCGCUGGGCUACACGAUCGCCCUGCCGGUGCAGACGAACAUGAUCGUGCUCGACCUGGCCAAGGACGGCAUCCCCGCCGCAGCGUUUGUCGAGUACGGCAAAAGACACGGCGUGACGCUGUUCCCCAGUGGCCGGCUCGUCUUCCAUCAUCAGAACUCGCCCGCGGCGGUGGAGAAGCUGGUCGCUGCGCUGAGGGAGCUGAUGGAGGAUAAGAAGGCUGGGAAGACGUUGGUGGAUCAUGAGGUUUCGGGGGUUAUGUGUAAUGAUAUACCUUACUUAAUAAUUAAUGCGUUGGCAGGAGAAUGA